CGAACGUGCGAGUGGGGUCUUCACACAUCUGGGCAACAUGGUCCUCCUGCCUCUGCUGGUCUGCGUGGUGCUGAGGGCACUCGGUGCUCAGGCCAAAGUCGUCACAGACUUUGCUGAGUGUAAUGUGAAUUUUUACAGGACGACCGAGCCGAGCGGGAUGGAUCAGACUGCUAAGAAAAUCUGUCAGAAAUAUAAAGGUAGUUUUUACUACGCUACUCUCUACUCGACUCACCACAGAAUCCCCCUGUACAGCGCGUACACUUUCAACAAGGUCAACCUACAGGAUGGAGACCGGUUCAGCAAACCAUCGCAAUGGUUCAUUGAGCCCCAGCUCAAUUUCAGUCCUGGUUCCUGGGGUUCUGACAUGAUCAAAGGCGACCUGAGCCCAGAAGAAAUGCAAGUAGAGCUUCAGGUUUCUGGAGAAAUAGGUUCCCACCAAGCAGUCGAAAGUGACUACAAAUAUACAAAAUAUGACUGUGGGCACCUAAACCCCACCAGUUUCCAUUCCAGUGAAGACCGUUUGCCAACAUUUACUCUGACCAAUGCUGUACCCAUGGAUCCGUGUUUAAACCGUGUCCACUGGUGGAACUGGGAAGCCGAGUUAAAGAAACUUCUAAAGGAAGAGCUUGAGCAUCAUCCUAAAGGAACUGCCUAUGUCAUCACAGGUACCGUCCCCCAUCCAAAUUACCGAAUACCAGAGAGAGAGGAAGCUGAUCAAGAGGAAAGACUUGGAUUUGAGAGGGUGACCGUGCCCACUCACAUCUGGACGGCUGUCUGUUUUGAGGACCGCACCGAUGAAGAUAAUCCAUAUUUAUUUUCCUUUGGCUACAUAGGUGUGAACAGGCCAGAGACCACCAUAACGGUGAGGUCUGUUCCUGAAUUGAAUUCUGACCUGACAGAACUAUAUCGCACGGCCUCAGGUCAGCAGGGAUCAGAAGUCCGUACGGAAAUUAAUAUUUUUACCGGUGACUGUAACAUAGACAAAAGGCCGAAAAACGUUAUGGAAAAGCUGUCAGAGAAACAAUUGUCUGACGAGGUCAGUAAGUUCUUUCGACUGCCAUUCAGGUCCACCAAACGCGAGACUAUUGCAGAUGUUCAGCACGACAGCAAUUUAAUGUUCUUUGACAAUAUACUCAGUUUUUUCCAGGAGUCAGAGAGAAUGAAGCGUGAGACUAAAACUGCUUGUCUUCUGAUUAAAGUUGAUGAUCCAAAGUCAAAAAAAGCGGGACAACAACUGCAUGAUGAUUAUCCGGUUCAGUGUCGGCAGGUUCCAGAGAAAUCCACCCCUGGGUCACUGAUUUCUGCAAAUGGCAACCUUUGUCUGAGUGAUAAGCACUUCUGUGAAACGGAGGGCGGAUACACGCCCUCCUGCACCACCCCCUGCCUCUUUCAGGAAGACCUCAAGGGCUACUGGUGUUUCUCAGGGAAAAUUCAGAUCCAGUGCUCGCCCCAGUACUCAGCCAUCACAACUAAAGGUGAGAAGUGCAAGAAUAACCACCCGUGUGGCACCUACGGCUACGGCUACUACUGGUGUUACACAGAGGCAGGAUCCUGGGGCUACUGCAGCUCCCCUUUCUGGAAAACCAUUGCUGUAAAUGGCAAGUCCUGCCGUCCCAACUUCGCCUGUGGCACGUAUGGCGAAAGCUACACCUGGUGCUACACUGAUUAUCACAACAACUGGAGCAAAUGCAACCUGCAAGCCUGACCACCCGUGUGGCUACCACGGGGAAAGCUACCUGUGGUGCAGAACCACUGACGACAGCUGGGGUCAUUGUUGCAAGCAAUGUGAACAGCAGUAAG